UGCGGAAGGAAGCGCUCUGGACUGGGCGGAGUGAAGUUGACCCUAUGCACCAGCUGCAAGCCCCGGGCCGGGCCGGGCGCGCUAUGGCCGAGUGGGCAAAGCAGCUUGCAGGCAUUAAGGGCGUGGUGCUCGAUAUCAGUGGGGUCUUGUAUGACGGUGGAGGAGAAGGAGGCGGGGUGCCCAUCCCUGGAUCUAUAGACGCUGUGGGAAAGAUCAAAGCGUCUGGCCUGAAGUUGCGGUUCUGCACCAAUGAAACCCAGGCCACUCGAGGCAAGUUUGUGGCGAAGCUCCAGCGCUUGGGGUUCAACAUUUUGGUGAAUGAAGUCACUGCCCCGGCACCGGCAGCCUGCCGCAUUCUGAAGGAGCGAAACCUGAGGCCGCACCUCCUCGUACAUGAUGAUCUGGUCCCUGAAUUUGAUCAGCUUGAUAAAGCAAACCCAAACUGUGUGGUAAUUGGAGAUGCAGCAGACAAUUUCUCCUACAAAAAUCUCAAUGAAGCUUUCAGAGUUCUGAUUGGACUGGAGAAUCCUAUUCUCAUAUCUCUGGGAAGAGGGCGCUAUUAUAAAGAAACCGAUGGUCUGAAACUUGAUGUUGGAGUGUAUAUGAAGGCAUUAGAGUAUGCUUGUGAUGUUCAAGCUGAGGUGGUGGGAAAGCCGGCAAAAAUGUUUUUCCAAUCAGCCUUGGCAGAAAUGCAAGUUGAGCCACAGCAGGCCAUCAUGAUUGGAGAUGAUAUUGUGAAUGAUGUAGGAGGCGCCCAGCAGUGCGGUAUGAGAGCUCUACAAGUACGGACAGGGAAGUACAGGCCUUGUGAUGAGCAACACCCGGAAGUGAAGGCAGAUGGAUACGUGAACAACCUCGCAGAAGCAGUGGACAUUAUUGUGAAACAGUUGCACAAGUGAUCGUGCUGUAGAAGAUACCGAUUUAAAGGCACAAAGAAGUUGGACUUGACAUCUGAAGCCUAGCAUACAUCUCUUCCCCUGUUUAAUUCAUUUCCCUCUCUUCACCUAAUUUCUACACAUAUGCAAAUAACCAUAGGAAACCAGUAAUGCUAAUAGUUUGUCGUUAACUGCCUGAUUUUCAAAGCUUCUCAUUUCUAGGUACUAAAAUGAAAUGCCUUAAUGAUUAAAAACAUUAAACCUAACAGGUGCUUAUGA